AAAGUUCGAACUAUCAAAUGUCAUUGUCAUUUAGGUUAUUUUGUAAAAAUGUCUUUACUGUUCAAAAAUUUACUAAAAAGAGGAAAAAUAAACUAUUUUAGAACAUUUUUACGUCCUUCAAUAACACAUUGUAAAUGUUUAUCGGUGCGAAAAUUUUCAGAUUCUCGUAAGAAAUUCGUUUCCUUCGAUGAGAUCCAGGCUCAGAGGAGAGAUGAGGCACGAAGAAGUCUCGUGGUCCAGGUCAACUCGGAGUCCUCCUUUAGUGAAUUAUAUGGUUAUUGUUCCCAAUAUGCCUCCAUAAAUGGAAUUCACCACUAUAAAAAUUUUGCGGAAGAGCACUUUAUGCUCAUAGAAUUCAGUUCAGAAGACUGUAUGAAAGAUGUAUUACGCAGCUGUUGCUCCCACCAGAAAGAGCAUGAAGUCAUGGCUUUACCUUCUCCGUUCCUGUGGUUCAGAGCAAGGUCAGGGAAGAAGAUGAAAUUAACAGUCCCUUCUGACAAGUCCUUAGUUGUAAAAAAUGGGAAUGAGGUGAUCAACGAAGAUAAAUUGAGAGCAGAACUUAUGACAUGUUCUUCAGUGUCUGAACAAAUUCAGUUGCUGUAUGACAGAACAGUAUUGAACGAUAUUGGAGUUAGAUUGAGAUAUAUGGUGGCCAGACAGCUGGAAGUAGUUUUCAACAGUCUGUACAGCAACAUCGUGGUGCUUCCGUUUGGUUCAUCUGUAAACGGGUUCGGGAGGAUUGGCUGUGACCUGGACUUGGUGCUCACCAAUGAAUUGACGGAAGAAAUGCUGGACCCGGGCAAGCGGCUGGUGUACCAGGAGAAGAAGUGCUCCAGCGGCGUGCGGCCGUGGCAGCGGCACCUGGAGCUGGUGGCGGAGCUGCUGGAGCUGCGCGUGGCGGGCGCGGCGCGCGUGCAGCGCAUCCUGCACGCGCGCGUGCCCAUCGUCAAGUGCGCGCACGAGCUGGCCGGCCUGGACUGCGACCUGUGCUACGGGAACUUGAGCGGCGUGCACAUGUCGUGCCUGCUGCGCGCGCUGGGCGCGCUGGACGCGCGCGCGCGCCCGCUGGCGCUGGCCGUGCGGCGCUGGGCGGCCGCCGCGCGCCUCACCGCGCCCACGCCCGGCCGCUGCGUCACCAACUUCCCGCUCACGCUCAUGGUGCUGUUCUUCCUGCAGCAGCGCCCCGGCGGCGGCGCCGUGCUGCCGCCGGUCAGCGCUUUGAUCUCCAGGGCCGGAAAAGAAGACAUAAGAAUAGCCGAGGACAACGUGAACUGCACAUUCCUUAGAGACAUGAACAAGCUGCCCCCGGAGUGCUACGGACAAAGCCAAGCGGACCUCGGAACGCUACUCUUGCAAUUCUUCGAGUUCUACGCUCAGUUCGACUUCUCGGAGAAGGCUAUAUCUGUAAUCGAAGGGAAACCUAUAAGAAAACCAAACUCAUUACCUUUGUACAUAGUGAACCCUUUAGAGACAGCGUUAAAUGUAAGCAGAAAUGUGAGUUACGAGGAGUGUGAACGGUUGAAGACUGAAGUCAGGAACGCCGCGUGGCAGCUGGAAGCUGGAUUAGAAGGGGAAAAGUCUGACGAUUGGGGAUUGAUCGGCUUGUUAGAAAACAAGGCUUCUAGGGGCCUCAAAAGGUUACUACGAGUGGGUAAUUCCCACAGACUUGUAUCGGUCAAAGAUUUGUUCAAUGAUAAUGGAGAAAGCGAUCAAGAGGAAGGAUUCAAGAGUAAAUUGCAAAGACUGACCAAGAAAACUGACAGCGAUGUGGAGAACGGUGUGAAUGAGAUGAAAGCUAGUUUAGAAAAGGACAGCAGUAAGAUUAAUAAAAAUAAAAAGGUGAAUUUCAAGAACAGUCAAGUUGCGAGUGAAGUGUUUAGAAUACGAAGGAACAAGAUGAUAUGAGAAUAUACAAAAACUGUAUAAAUGUAUAUAAAUAUAGAGAAGUUGUCUGUCAAAUAGCUCUUUAUAUGACUGUCUCAUAUGUAUGGGUAAGACAAGAAUAGGCUCUACAACGCUGAGAUAGAAUUGGACCAAAAUUAUUUGGCAUCUGUUCCAUGUCAUAGAUUCUUAUUUGUUCUUUUGGCAAACUUAUUUGUUCAUGGCUAAAUCGUUAAAUCUAAGAUGGUUUUUAAAGUAGCCUCGAAAAAUACCACUCGCUUUGUUUUAAAAAUUACAACGGAACACCAAAAUCAACAAGAUUAUUUUCCAUGUUUUGAUAUGAGCAAAAAAUAUAAGUUUAUCAUUAUGUUACGCUCAUUAAAACUGACCAAAUCAAAAAUAGCUUACUAUUUUGAUUCCUAAAUCAAGAUAAUGAUAAAAUUCUUUAUUUUAUGUAAUAAAUUAUUUUGUAAGUAUCACUUUUAUGCGUUUUGUUGACCAUUGAAGAUCAAUCGGGAACAUGCUGUGAUGAGAGAUCAUUAUUUGUAAUCCAAAUGUAUACGUGUGAGAAAUUUGUGUGAUGUCGAAUAAUUUCGUAAGUUUGUUAAACCGAAACCUGAAAAUGCUGUAAAUAAAAAUAUAGUUA